AUGGCGCCCAGGGACCAUGAGGCAACCAUCGCUUGGCGCCGGGAGAAUCCGUCGGCAUUCGUGGAUACCCUCGGCUGCGAUGCUGUAGCUUGUCUACACAGUGGGGAAUGCCUUGCUCAAACGGCCUUCGAUUCAUUGCUAGAAGAGAUCCACUGCAAGGUCGAUCACGCUGGCUUCUAUUUGAUCCUUUGCACCGCAGCAGUUGCAGGUGUUGCGGCAUGCCUGAUGUUCCGCAACGCCGGUGGUUCCUCGCACAUCCUUUCAGCUUCAGGUCUGGCUCUUCUGAGCUGGCUCCAGGGAAUCGUUGCAACCAUUCUGCCAGCCCACGAGCGGGCCAAGAGCGGCUGCGCCUACGGCGCCAUGCUGAAGAUCAUAGCGCCGCAGGAAAUGAGCAGCUACGACAACGCAGAUUACUACAAGGAUUACUACGGAGUGAUCAUUGUUCGCACCCUCUUGUUUCUGGCGGCCCUGAUUUGGAUGCAGCAUCUCAUGGUUUGGCGAGUGUUGGCAGUGGAAACUACGUCACGCCGCUUCUUUUACGGAAGGUGGCUUAAGCUGGGCAUUGGCGUACAGAAGACUGCCGCAACAGUCUCCUGUGCCGUCAGCAUCUGGAUCUACACGUCCAUCGACGCUUCGCACACCAGCUCCUCCGAGUCCCAUGUUGCGCAGGUGGCCCAAAACGCAGUCAUCGAUCAUGUGAAGUUUUGGGACGACUGU